GUUUUGUUAGCAAGUUUGUUUUGGUCUGUUAUCAUGAAGAGAAGUUUGUUUCCGCUGAUUUCUAUGGGUGCUAUAUUUUUGGUUCUGGUAGGGGCCUGUCUUGUGAUUUUACUCCAAAAAGGCAAGUGUUUUAACAUUUUUUUCUAGUCGGUAAACAAGUAUCAGAAAACAAAGGCGAGUGAAUUGGCACGCUAUUCUACCAUGCACUUCUACUAACUUCCUGUCGGAGUUUAUAACAGUUUUACUAGGUUAGAGGUUAUUUUUUCAGGUUACUUUUGCAAAAGGAAGUUGUCAGUUUAAGUAAGAUUUGUCUCCAUCCCAUUUGUAUAGGAAAAGGCUCAUUUCCAUCCGUUAAGAUCUUUAAGUGACGUGUAUGAGACUAUAGGGACCUUUAAUAUGUGAAUAUCAAUGUGAAGGGCAACCCUACUCGGUCUUCAGUAAAUCAGCAUGGUCCGCGGUGCCGCACAUUAAAUGACUGAGCCACUGUUACUGGCAAGGAAAAUAGAUUUCUGUCCAUCGGUAAAUAGAUCCUUUUUCUAGGGAAAGUCAGUCGGAUUUAUCAGUAUACAAAUGUGGUCUCUGACUCUCGGAGCUCUAUGUAGUCCAUCAUACUCAAUGGCCUGUGAGAUUUGUGUCCAUUAUCACUUACCCUGUUCUCAGGCGAUCGAUUGUGAAAAAGAAACAUUUAAAAUUUAUAGACCUAAGUCACUUUUAGAGUCUUUAGAUUCUUUGUAACAUUUUUACAGAAGUAUAUAAAAAAAUGGUCAUGGUUUUGGAAAGGUUCUAAGGUUUUCGUUAUAUGCUGAAAUUAUCAUCUUUGAUGAAGUUAUUUCGGUUUACGUCACCCAGAGUCAUUCGCCACCCUGCCUAUCGCUCGAAAUAUUAGCGUUGAUUCCUAGUUUUUCGCUGGCACCAUGAUAUACCUUAUCGCCAUUUCUGAUAAAAACAAUUUUUCUUUCACCUCCAACUAUUGUUGGUAAAAGUCUGACCCGUUCAGAGAUCUAACAAAACUGAUGCCGAACCUCUGAACAAGCAUUUCAGUGGGGACCGUCUGCUACCGAUGAAACAGUCCUGAAACAAACUGAGAGGGAAAGACGAACUUUUUUAUCAACUCAUGACUUUUCCAUUCUGUAACAAAAAGACUUAUGUGCAUCUCAGUGAUGCACUUUACAUUUACAUACCAAGAUGAUUAUACUAUUCAUUUAUCAGAAACUAUUUUAUCUCCAAAAAAAAUCAUGAUUAAGUUUAAUAGCAUUGUAACAAGUGUUUACUUACUUACUUACUUAACUCAAAGCCAACAAACGUAACGAUUAGCGAGAUCAAGUGGGAUUAUAAACAAGAAACUUUAUUUUUAGAUUGCUUUUGUGCCCGCCGGGUACCGCUAUACACCUUAAGGCGUUACUGACGGCUCAACUGCUAUAUACCUCCCACAUCACUUAGCCGAGCACGCAACAGACGGAUGUUAAUGGACCAGGGCUCCGGCGCUCAAAUACAUACGUUCCUAUGAUAAAAAGGAUUACUUCUGCAGACAUUCGUUUAAUUAUACUCCGUCAGGUAAUUGACUUAAGACGGACCUCAAUUCAAAAUUUUCACCCGCAGCAUUGUCUGAACAUGUAGAGUUACCAACAGUUUUCCAGUUUGCUUUAAUUUCACGGUUUCAAGAGGAAAGGCAUCUUGUGUUUUAGGCGGAAAUUCAUUGGGAAAGAAGUGUUUUGUUGAUCACUGAUGAUUUCCCAGUUGUCGGCUAAGCUCGGACUUACUUGAAAUGGAGGUUCAAUGUGCCUCAUCUUUUAAAAUAUCCUUGAUAUUCUUUUCGGCUCGAUAGAGUAUAAUCUAUUUCAGCUCCUUUCGAAACUAUUUUUCUCUUCAAUGCCCCCGGAAUCCUAUUAUACAUUUUGCCUUUUAUUGCGGCUGUUUUAGUAGAUAUAAAUUAUUCUAUUCAGUUAAAAAAAUAUAUGGAAAGGUUCAAUAGGAUCAGGAACGCGAGAGCUAUGUUUAAACAAGCACAUAAUUUACCUGUUAACCCGACCUCAUCUGGUACGAUAUCAUUUCAUUACUAACAAAUCUGAACAGUUAUUUUGAUAUCGAUUUUUUGACGACGACUAGUCCGUUUGACAUCAGUCACAGUUAUUAAGGCGGCCGACUCAGUCAGUUUAAGAUAAUUUCUGUUAUUGUUUGGAAGUGUGCCGCUUGUUUUGAGAAGUGGAUAAUUGGUCAUUCUUGAUAAUUACAAACCACUUUUCAUAACAAUCGAUCAGUGAUUCAGUGGUUCGAUGUGAUUCACUAAUUUUAAUAAUUUAUACCAGAGUUUUUGAUGCAUGAAAUAAGGUUCGAAAGUAGAAACACCACGACACGCAUUAAUGAAAUGUUACAGAUUUGCAAUGAAAAUCGACCAUGACCAAUUAAAAUGAAGACAUCACUGCUUAGUAACCCCGGAUGCAAAAUUAACGCAUAUGUUAUUUCCUUCCCAGGUAUGUCUCUUUGCCUGGGUAGAAUUUUGGGAAUUAUGGUUGGGAUAAGGGCUAGAUGGUUUAACCCUGUCGACUUUGUGUCCUAUAGUGUUUUUUCCACCUUGUAGAUAUAUUUGUUUUGCAUACUAAAUCUGCAAAUAAAAAAUAAAUAUGUAAUAAGACGCUGGAUUCACCGCACAAAAAGCUUGGUAUGCUAGGAUUGACGGAUUGACUCGUGAGUUCGACUUGUGGCAAGUCUUUGUGUUGGGUGGAGGGCUAAAGUUGGGCUGCAUAUCAGUCUUUUACCGCUUCCACAGGUUUUUCUUUAUCUUCACCCUUAAACAAACAUGAGCCACAAGGAAAGUUUAUUUGCUAUAAUAAUGGAAUGAUAAAACACAAAAAAGCAUCAACAAACAAGGCUCAGAGAACAGGUUGUCUCAAAUAAGCAGAUUAAAGAUUAACGGAGAGGAUUAAGAAUCUCAGAUCGUUAAUCAUUGCGUCGUUAUCAUCUCAGUGAUAAUGGCGUUAUCAGAUGGAAAGAAAUUUUAGGAUUUUUUUUUAUUAAAGUUGGCACUACGACUUUUUUAAUACAGAUAGAUCCAGCAAAGACACAACUUCUGAAAACACGGUCAUACACUCUAGACGACCAGUCAAAUAUGAACAACAUGAAGAACAAGAUUUUCCUGUCGACGUGAGCUCAUUGAACAGACCUGAAGCUACUAGGAACUCCACACAUAAAGAACAUUAUCGACGUUUUUGUCGCACUUGCUGUCAGACCCCACCGUAAGUUAUGUUGGGUUAACACUGGAUUAGACUUUAAGAGGCUUUUUCACACAAUGUGCUACCUUCUUAAAAAGCGUGUCUCCGCUUCACUUGAAUUCCAAAAGUAAUGGAUCAGACUACAUGAAGGCAUUGAAACUGUUUCCUGUCUUCUGUUACUAUGGAUGACUAGGGUCGAUAUUGCUAUGCCCAGGCGCGGAUCUAGGAUAAAUACUGACCGGCUCCUUGCCAGGGUGCGAACGAGGUUGAUCUGGAUAUGGAAAUAACUGUGGGAAUGUUGAUUAUAAAAGGGUUUUCCAUGUAUAUACUGAACACGACUAAUACAACCUCAUUCCCAGGUUCUUUCUCCUGCCCGCCUCUCUCGGCCUUCUCGCUUCGUAGGGACGGGUAGGAGAGAACCCUGGGAAUGAGGUUGCGACCAUUAAAUGUUGCUGGUUUGUUAACAGGUGUUGGUACAAAAACCACAAGGAGUGUGGCAAAUGCGCUGAUCAGUCAAAAACAAGACAAGGAGUAUCAUCACGGCUUCUCCGGAAAUCAUUCAAAAAGGCGGCACGCCAUCACAGAAGAGAACAGAUAAGAAUGCAGGAAAACAAUUUGACGCACUGA